AUGCCAAACGAAACUUCCAAGGCUAGAAGGACAUCAAGAAUAUCUCCAUAUCACGAAGAUUCAUCAUCUUUUUUUAACAUUGCUUCUGUAAUAGAGCAACAUAAAGAUACCGAAAGAGUAAAUACAGAUCUUCAAACAUGUUCGUAUAUUCCACCCUGGACGGAGCCUUAUAUCAUUGGUAUAGCUGGUAAUUCGGGAUCGGGUAAAACUUCUUUAUCGCAAAAGAUUAUACAAGAAAUCAAUCAACCAUGGACGGUAUUAUUAUCAUUUGAUAAUUUCUAUAAUCCGUUAAGUCAAGAGGAACGACAAAAAGCAUUCAAUAAUGAAUUUGAUUUUGAUACGCCAGAAUCUCUUGACUUGGACCUUUUAUAUAAAGUAGUGAAGUCUUUGAAAAGUGGUGAAAAGACUGAAAUUCCAAUUUAUUCAUUUACUAAACAUGAUAGAACAGACAAAACUACUACAAUUUACGGAGCUAAUGUCAUUGUCAUUGAAGGAAUUUAUGCUUUGUAUGAUCAAAGAUUACUCGAUUUAAUGGAUAUAAAGAUCUAUGUAGAUACAGAUCUUGAUAUCUGUCUUGCUAGAAGACUAACAAGGGAUAUUUUGUAUAGAGGAAGAGAUUUAGGCGGUGCUAUGAAGCAGUGGGAGACAUUUGUGAAGCCAAAUGCAGUGAGAUAUGUUAACCCUACCAUGGAUAAUGCAAAUCUAGUUAUACCUAGAGGUUUGGAUAAUUCUAUUGCAAUCAACUUAAUGAUCAAACACAUUCAAAAACAAUUAGCUUUAAAAUCAUCGCUGCAUUUAAAAAGUUUGAAGAGUUUGGGUAUGAAUAAAUUCAACAUUGAAAGCUACGAAAGCCUUACUUUAUUACCAAACAAUAAUCAUACGAGAGGAAUCCAUUCCGCCUUGUUCAAUAUAUCCACUGAGAGGUCUGAUUUCAUUUUUUAUUUUGAUAGAGUUGCAAUUUUAAUUAUAGAGAAUGCUAUGGAAACCUUUACAAAUUACAGAUCGAAAAUGGUGAAUACCAAUGGUAAUUAUCAAUACCAAGGAUUAGAUCACGUUGACGAAAUUUUUGCAGUUAAUAUAAUUAGAUCCGGAGAUUGUUUUAUGAAUUCAAUUAAGAAAACUUUUCCAGAGAUAUCUAUUGGUAAAUUAUUGAUUCAAUCUGCUGCAUUAACAGGUGAACCACAGUUACAUUUCGAAUCGUUACCAUCAAAUUUGGAUAAGGUUGAUAAUAAGAAGAUAUUGUUAUUUGACUCACAAAUUAUAAGUGGAGCUGCAGCAAUAAUGGCUAUUCAAGUAUUACUCGAUCAUAAGGUAAGAAUGGAAGAUAUAGUCUUUUGUUCGUAUUUGUCAACAGAGAUUGGGUUGAGGAGGAUUUUGAACGUGUUUCCUAAUGUUAGGGUUGUAAUUGGGAAAUUAAGCACUAUUGACGAUAGUACGAAGUCAUAUAAUCCAGAAAAUUUUAAAGACACAGAUUGGUGUUUCAGAAAUAGAUUCAUCGAUUCUCUUUACUUUGGUACUUGA